AUGUAUCUUUCUAAAUAUUUAAUAUUAUCAUUGCUUUCAAUUAUGUGUUUUGGUCGUUAUGUUGUUAAUGCAAAUGCAGGUUUUAUGAAACCAAUUCCAAGAGUGUUAUGUGAAGAAAAUAAUGUUAAAGGUUGUAAAAUUAGAAAUCCAUGUCAUAAUCUUGCUGCAGUUUCAGGUGACGUAAAUCCAAUUGAUAUUAAUAAAAUUUAUGAAUAUGCAAUUUAUCAAUUGGAUGCAAGAGCAAAUGAAACAUCAGUUAAUACAUAUACAAUUCAAUUUUUUAAAGAUCAAGAGAAUACUGGUUUUCAAUUAUUAACAUUUAAUCAAAAUGAUAUGCAAAGCAAUAAUUCAUUCUAUGCAGUUAAAAUGGACCCACUUAAGAUGAAUACAAAAUUAAUGGAGAAUAUUGAAUUUAAUAAAGAAGGAUUUGUAUUUGGUACAUUGGAAUUAACAUUUGAUGCAAGAAGUGGUGGUGGUGAUGUUUACUAUUCAUGUGCAAAUGUUCGUUUACAAAAGAGGAACGCAACUACCAAGAGUACUGGACAGAAAAUUAAAGUUGAAUCAACAUUAACUUUAACUGAUGGUAAAGGUAGACAACGUGGUGAAAUUGAAUCUGAUGGUAUUGCAACUGAAAUCAUUGUACCAGAUUUAAUUAAUCAUGAAGCAACUGUUAGCUCUGAAGAUAUAGUUGCAAAUGACUCAACUGAAGGUGAUAUUGGUCAAAAUAACAAUAAUGAAAAUUCAAAUCAUAAAAAUAGUUCUUCAAACCUUUCAAUUCCAUCAAUGUUUGUUGCAACAUUAAUUUCAUUAAUUUCGUUUAUAAUAAUUAGAAAAUAA